CCCGCCCCUCUCGCGCGCGUGCAAUGUUGUCAUGCGGUGGCUUCCGUCUUCCCGGCGCCCUCUGUUCCCUCCCACUGGCGUCACGCAACUCGACCUGCAGGUGAACAGUUCAUUCGCAGCGUCCCUCUCCUCCCCAUCGCUCCUCAAGAAGGCGCACACACACACACGCCAGCCAGCCGGGCGGGCGGCUGUCUGCUUCCGAGGGGGGGGGUCGCACAAUGGUGCGCCGCACAGCCCAAGCGAGCCGAGUUGCGCUUUGAGACCCGACCCGCCAAGGAGGAUUGCGCGUGGUCCGAGCUUGGGGGGUGGGGGGGUGGGCGCGAGCGUGGAUGCAGAAGCUAACGUGGACAAGAGGUGACGACUGUUUGAACAGGCGGCAGCUGCUUGGGCGUCAAGCUCUCCUUCCAGCAUCGCAUGCUCCCAAAGCUGACAUGUGUAAGCCAAGCCAGACGGCAAGCUGAGACUCAGCCCCGAGGGUAGAAAGCAAGGAUGCGUCCCAUCGCGUCGCAUCUCUCGAGCCAGAGUAGCGUUAACCCCGCGGCCGCAGCCCUGCUCCUCUCCCUAUGUCUCUGCUCCCUUCCCCGAGCCCUCACAUGCCCGCCCGGCUGCAUUUGCGCCAGCGAUAUCAUUUCUUGCAGUGGCUGCAAUCUGUCCGCGCCGCCCCCCGACCUCCCGGGCUACGCCACGCGCUUAGACCUGAGCCACAAUUCCCUGACCGCGCUGCCCGCCGAUUGGAUAACGCGGCCGUUCGAGCGGCUCGCCGCUCUACUCCUCGGCCGCAAUAGCAUCGUCCAAAUUGAGGCCGACGCCUUCGCGGCGGCGCCUCGUCUCCUCCACUUGGACCUCUCAUCCAACAAACUAUCAGCGCUCAAUUCGUCGAUCUUUACCGGCCUCACGGAGCUAAGAGAGCUGCUGCUGUUUGGCAACCAGAUUGGCCAAAUCAAUCCCGACUCCUUCCGUGGUCUCCGCAGCCUCGUGAAACUUUACCUGUCUGAGAACAGGCUCACAUCGCUCCCUCCAAGUCUUUGGGAUGGAGGAGGGCCCCUCAACCUGACUUUUCUUGACGUGUCAUCCAACGGGAUCGCCAGUGUGCAUGUUCACACGCUGCUUUCGCUGAGCCGACGCGCUGGAAUUUAUUUGCAGGGAAACCCUCUCACGUGUGACUGCGCUUUACUGGCUCUGCUCGAGUACUGGACUUGGAAGCAGUACCGUCCCCUGUUGGACUUUAAAGAUGACUACCCGUGUAGGGACAGCGUUGGUCCGAAGCCGAAUUGCAGCCUGGACGAUGAGGUGUCCGCCGAGGCCGGAAGCUACCAAGUGGAUCCGGGGAAAUGGUUGUGGUUGACGUGUCCCGGUUUUGCCUCGCCGCUAAAGGAUCCAGAUGUGUUCUGGGUGACCCCCGCGACAGUCCUGAAUCUAUCGGCACACGAUCCAAGCGCUCACCAAGCAAUCCUCCCGAAUGGCACCCUGGAGAUAAGAGGAGCCUUGUUGGAGGAUUCAGGGGCGUACGUGUGCGUGGCGCCCCGCGGGCGCCGGUACGACCCCGAUGCGUCUCCCAUAGUCAACGUGGUUGUGGGAAACGUGAGCUCCGUCGCCACCGGCGGCUUGGCCCAUCGUGGCGGAGGCGAGCAUUUCAACACGGCUUUCACCACCCUGGCUUCCUGCGUGGUCAGCAUCAUACUGGUGCUCCUCUACCUCUACUUGACGCCGUGCCGGUGCCGGGAAAACAGGGGCGGCGUCUCGGGAGGGUGCGGAGGACGAGCGAUCGUCCUCUGUUCGGACCCCAGGGAAGUCGAGUCGGGCCAGCGGCGGUCCAAUGGGAAAAGGGUCGCGUUCUUGGAGCCCCAAGUGGAGGACUGUGAUAGCACCGGUGCCAAAUCACCGGUGAUCAACACGGGUCAUGCCACCACUGAGGGAAUUCUUAAAAACGGGAGCAGAACAGUGGGACAGACCCUUACGGACGCAGCCCUCGUGGCAUAACAAAACAUUAUUGUCAUUCCAUCUCGGAUGAAAAUAUACACCGGUGAGAAAACAUGAGGGACGGUCGGCUUUUGGGUGAAAUUUCAGGGUGGGUCUGAAAUAUGCAAACCUUUUUCAAACUCGAUUAAUCCCAUCGAUUAAUGACUUGAUUAAUCCCAUCGAUUAAUCGAGUCAUUCUAUACACUGUACAGUGAUAUUGAGAAGCAGAGGUAGCAUUGCUGUCCACUUGUCUUGAAGUGUGUGCUUUCUGUUCGCGUGUGGCUUUAAAAGUUCCCGAGCCUGAAGUGGUGAGUGACGUGGGUGUCGGCCAAUGUGCUUGUCGUGUUUUGAGCUCAGGCUAACAGUUAGCCUGGUCGUUCGUUGUCGCUUGUCUGUGAAUCUGCUUAUGAUGUGAAAAAGUCCACCACCGGCUGUGUUUAUGCUUGCCCACUGGUGGAGGCAUUAAAAUAUGUUCGCGAGGGCGUGUUUGUUCCUUCUGGCAUCUCAUCAAAUUAUUCAUGUUCACCUUUUAUACAUUCGAGCAUUUUAGGUUCAUCCUGAAAUAUCACCCAAAAGUACUUUUUUGAAGAGUGUAUAUUUAUAUGGAGACUCCAUCUGGAAAUGUUACAGAAACCACAGCAGAGAUCUCAAAGAUGAUCGCGACGCAGGCGACGGAACAGUCACACGAGUCGAUAAAGGCGCCGCCCCAGUGAAUCUCAUUGUCAGGUCUGACUUUUACUAAUUAAGACGUGUCGCGCUGUGCAAACGCACAAUGCAGAAACCAAUCUGAGCUUGACUUAUCACAAACCAAGCCGUGUCUGCUGCGUCUCCAAUUUAUUUUAAAUGGCGAGAGGACUACAGUUGCUAUUGUGAUGGAAUUUUCCGGAGGAGUUAAUUCAUGCACCUUUAUAUCUGUACUGUAUAGUGUCAUUGUUUCGUGAGAUGUACCAACCCGAAGCGGUAAGUAAGCGGCAUUGUGAGAGGUCUGAUUGUUAUCAGAACGCACAUAUUAGCAUGCAUAAUUGUAAUACCCUCGUCAACAUAACUGUAAUCUUAUCGAAUGCCCGUAUUUUUUUUUCAAAAAUGGUCUCAAAGUGCAUCAUCAUUAAAAAUGACUUCAAAUCUACUAAAUAUUAAACCUAAACUCUAACAUCAAGAUACAGUGGCGAUAAAAAGUUUACACACCCCUGUUCAAAUGAAAGUUUUUGAUUUUGUUUGUUGCUUUGGUGCAGACACCGACUGCUAUUUUGAAAUAUUCACACCUUAUGUCAGGCCCAAGUGCCAAAAUCUUGUCUGCGCCAAACCUACAUGUUGGGUUUGUGGCCAAAACGUUCCACUUUGGUUUCAUCGGACCAUAUCAAAAUCUCCCAAACACAUGCAGCAAAAUGAUCUGAUGACGUUAUACAUGUACAAGCCCCCCCGCCCCCCAAAUAGUGUUUUAUUUUUAUUUAUUUAAAAUGUAUUUUUAUGAAAACAAAAAAAAAAACCCUAUUGGAUCAAGGGCUGUGUAGACCUUUUGUAUGCACCUUGUGUCUCGGAAUGUCACCUCACCAUCUGGCGAGAUGCUUCAAAAGCGAGAAAUUCUAUUCAGCCUUUGCUUUUUUAGCUUGAGCGCUGAAGGUCAAAAGUAGGCAGGCGCAUGACUGAUAUAUAUUUCCACUCUCUGUAUAUUUCGAAUAAAAAGUGCUUUUAAGGCCCUCGUUCAUCCAUUUUCCGGCUUUAUGGACCGAGCAAUUCCAAAGUGAAAGUCGCCGUUGGAAGGAUUGACCCUUUGCGCUCGAGAAAAGAAAGGCAGUGAGUGAAGUGUCAUUCAGGCCAUAUUGGUGUCACCCAAUGAGGAAAAGGUGUGACCUACAUUCUCCCUUUGUCUGAUAUUUUUAGCUCCGUGAUGUCGUUUCCAAGGUGCCAAGAAGCUUGUGUUGCUUCUCCAUGUGCCCUGUCCACAUAAUAUUCCAUCGCUUUAGUGUUUUCUUAGAUUGCAUAGUCAAGUGGUCUGUCAUUCGUGUGUCUUGCACAUUUAAAAAUGAAAAAAAUAAAAAAUAAAAAGUUGACUUUUAGAGGCUAUGUUGUUUUAUUUUUGCCUCCAGGAAGUCAUUAUUUUAGGCGCCACGUGGAAAUAAAGUCCCUUUGGGUGAUAAAAUGAAAAGUAGGAUUACAUCAGAAGGAUUUAAAAGCAUGGCAAAUAACCUCUUAGUGAGUCAGCAAAUCAAAAUCCCCCCCACCCCAAAAAAAUCCUCUUACGGCCUUUUCAAUUUGCUCGUGAAAAAGUGAAACCUCCAAGCCUAUUUUUGCACGCUUUUUUUCUCUCUCAACACUUCAGAUGAUUGUACAAUCAUUUCAGUAGCAGUGAGUACAUAAGGAGCCUUUUUCCAAAAUGUGUGUGAUGCUUUCAGAAGUGACGGGAGGGGGAGGCGGGGUAUUGGAUACUCUCGGUGAUGGUUCCCAUCGGGACCAGCUUGAAAUACCGCUCCCAGGGGCGAGGUGUUUUUCACAUCUUGCCAUGUUGACUUUUAAUGACUCAGUCCCAUAAUACUCUCUCCAUUGUCUAUGACACGUUGUCAGUGAAGACUGAAUUAACUCCUCCAAUUUCAAUUUGAACUAAUGAACACCUCCCUCGAAUAAUAUUUGUCGCUUGGACGACAUUGCAAAAGUGAGAUAUGUUCAUGUCAGGAAGUUAUAACUGUGCAGUGGCGCCCUGACUUUUGCUUCGAUCUAAACUGAUCCGCUAACACAGAAUGCACAAUGCCACAGACGUGCUAAUGAAUAGCAUUAAUAGUCGCCGUGUUACAAAUGUUUAAGCAGUAGCUAUUUGAACACAACCAGUGCAGUAACACAUGGAGACAGGCAAUUGAACAACUUUCACAGACAUAUAUUCUUUAUCCUCUGGGAAAGUUGAUAUUACAACUUUGAAAGUUACAUUAUUGCAGCCCACUGUGACAGUUGUGAAACUCUUCUUUGUGUGUCUCUUUGUUUCCAUGAUACUGCUUCCUGGUGGGCACGCACAUUAGAAAGCGCAUGAGUGGAUUAAUGGCAAGUCAAAAAACAUAAUUUGACUUUUUUUUUUGAGUUAUGACAGGUGCUAAAACCUAAAAAAUUCAAUUUUACACAUUUUAGCAGGUUCGGAACAUGAAAGCUCAUGAUGACCAUUCUGCUUAGCUUUAAUGAAUAACACUUUGAUCAAUAUCCACUCGGACACAUUAAUCUUCUCAGCGCCGAGUGGAAAAUGUAAUAAUUUCCUGACGGGUCAUGAGUCAAACGUUGGAGAAAUUGUAAUGAAAGUGGGAGCCGUAUUGCGAAAAUAGCAACGUUAAUGUGAACGCGUUCAGUAUAAUGGCAUCAUUUGGCAGAUUUCCCACUGUUGCCUUCUGAUCUUUCAUGGUCCACUCACCUUUUUCUUAAAGUCUCCCCAGAAGAGUGUAAAAGGAUAAUUUACUAGCUUGUCUUUUUCACUACCGGUAUGCAUGGUGACAUGCAAACAGACUGCUUGAUAAGAAAAAGCCUUUCUGUGAUUCCUGUUAGUAUUCUGCACUCGUCAAACCUGCAUGGAGUGAUUUUUUUCCCCCCCUUCAGCAAGAGCUCACAUGCUGGACAAAUGAAUGAAAGCUUGUCAAACACGCAUCAAAAAUUAAUAGUAUGUGAUAGAAACCGCUGUUCUCGGCGCAAAUCGUGUAUGUUCCGCUCUUUGGAGCAUGCACGUGAAAACCUGAGUGGAGGUUGAAGCAUGAGCAAUUUGCACAUGUACAACAAUGAAUAGACUCAAUCCUCUCUGAGCCUCCGCUUAGUUCUUGGUACGUUUGAUAGUGUCUGGUCCGCACGCCAGAGGCACAGGGCAGGUGCGUAGGCACGGAGGACCUCAGAGUGUUAAGGUGCGGCGAGGCAAUUUGAAGAUUUGAAAACAAAUAAUAGGAUCUUUCAAAGAACUCUAAAAUGUAUCGGGAGCCAGUGACGGGACGCAAGAGUAGGAGUGAUGUGGUGCCUCUGACGAGUA